CAACAAAACCUCUCAGAUUCUUCGCUUUGUUGUUUCUCUUCUUCUUCAAGUUCUGUCUCAAAAUGGGCGAUACCGGUAGACAUAAAUGGUUCUCCUUUCACCACCACCGUUCAGCCUCCGCCACGUCUAUGCCACAACACAACAGCCCCGGCGAAACUCCGACGGAGUUCCUUUGCCCCAUCACCGGAUUCUUGAUGUCAGACCCAGUCGUUGUCGCUUCAGGUCAAACAUUUGAACGUAUCUCCGUCCAAGUUUGCCGGAAUCUAGGAUUUGCACCGAAGCUUCACGACGGAACUCAACCGGAUUUAUCCACUGUAAUCCCAAAUCUCGCCAUGAAAUCAACAAUUCUCAGCUGGUGCGAUAGAAACAAAAUGGAGCAUCCUCGUCCUCCUGAUUACGCUUACGUUGAAGGUGUGGUUCGUACCCGAAUGGAUUCAAUUCCUCCGGGUACGGGUCAUCGGAUCGCUAAAUCGGAAAUCUUACCUCCGGUGGCUGAGAAUUCGAAUUCGAAUUCGGAUUAUGAAUCUGUAAUGGGAGCGAUUCGUUCUCGUUCAAGAACUUCAAUUUCGUCAAGCACUUCUCUUCCACUUCACCAAACCCGACCCGUUAAUCACUCGACCCGGAUCCAAAACUCAUUCUCUACAUCGGAUUAUUCAUCUUUUCCUCCGAUGUCACCGGAAGAAGAAGAGAUCUACAACAAAUUAACAAGCGUAGACACAAUCGAUCACGAGCAAGGUCUGAUUCAGCUAAGGAAGACGACGAGGUCAAACGAGAGCAUGAGAAUCUCUCUAUGCACUGAUCGGAUUCUCUCAUUACUCCGAUCUCUGAUCGUUUCACGGUACAACAUCGUGCAAACAAACGCCGCCGCGUCGAUCGUUAAUCUCUCGUUAGAGAAACCUAACAAAUUGAAAAUCGUACGGUCAGGAUUCGUUCCUUUAUUGAUCGAUGUUUUGAAAUCGGGAUCAACGGAGGCGCAGGAACAUGUAAUCGGAGCUUUGUUUAGUUUAGCGGUUGAGGAAGAGAACAAAAUGGUGAUCGGAGUUCUUGGUGCGGUGGAGCCGCUUCUUCACGCGCUUCGAUCAUCGGAGAGUGAGAGAGCGCGUCAAGAUGCAGCGCUUGCGCUUUAUCAUCUGUCGUUGAUUCCGAAUAACCGAAUUAGGCUGGUUAAAGCCGGUGCGGUGCCGAUGUUGCUGUCUAUGAUCAGAUCCGGUGAAUCGGCAAGCCGGAUUGUUUUGUUACUAUGUAACUUGGCGGCUUGUUCGGAAGGGAAAGGAGCGAUGCUUGACGGGAACGCGGUGUCGAUACUGGUCGGGAAAUUGCGAGAAAGUGGAGGAGGUGAGUCAGACGCGGCGGCGCGUGAGAAUUGUGUGGGGGCUUUGUUGACAUUGAGUAUAGGGAAUAUGAGGUUUAGAGGACUGGCGAGUGAGGCAGGUGCGGAGGAGAUUUUGAUGGAAAUUGUGGAGAGCGAGAGCGGAAGCGGGCGGUUGAAGGAGAAAGCGGCAAAGAUUCUGCAGGCAUUGAGAGGCGGAGGGAAUGAUUUUGGAGAAGGUGCGGAGGCGCGUGAGUGGAACCGUAUGUUGGAAGCGAGUGGGCUAAGUCGUUCUCAGUUUCAACAAGGAGGGCAAAAAGGGGGUUUCGCUUAUUCCUCUCAAUUUUAGCUCUAUUCAUUUAUAUUUUUAUUUUCAUUUUCUUAUUUCUUUUCUUGUUGGUAAAAAACGUUUUCUGAAAGAUUUUUUUUUCACUCUUUUUUGUGACUAAUAUUUUGGGAGUGAAUUUGUAAUAUCUGAUUUUAGUCUUCUUUGAUUUGUCUUUUCUAAUGGGACGACAAAAAGUAAAAUGUUCGUUAUUUC